CUGCCGUUUGCAUUUAGGACCACUUGGUUACUGUCUUUCCUUUUCACCUGUCUCUGUCUUCAGAACCAGCAGUGGAUGGACUACUAUUAAGUAGUAAUGUAAAUGGUUAUAAAUUAUAUACACCUGGGAGGCUGAGGCAGGAUGAGCACCAUGAGUUUGAAGCCAGCACCAUCUACCUAGUGAAUUCCAGGACAGCACUGGCUACAGAUACCCUUAAAAAAAAUAAAAAUAAAAAGGGACAAAUCUUCCCUAGGUUCAAGAUGGUCCGUAAUGGGAAGAAUGGUGACCUUCAUCUGAAACAGAUUGCAUAUUAUAAACGAACAGGCGAAUAUCAUCCGACUACACUGUCAAGUGAGAGAAGCGGCAUAAGACGAGCAGCAAAGAAAUUUGUCUUCAAAGAAAAAAAGCUGUUUUAUGUUGGAAAAGACAGAAAACAAAAUCGUUUGGUAGUUGUCUCAGAAGAGGAAAAGAAGAAAGUCCUAAGGGAGUGCCAUGAAAACGGCACUGGUGUCCAUCAUGGCAUAUCCAGAACUCUCACUCUGGUGGAGUCCAGUUACUACUGGACAUCUGUGACCAAUGAUGUCAAACAGUGGGUAUAUGCCUGUCAGCAUUGCCAAGUAGCAAAGAAUACACUGCUGGGGGCACCUCAGCAGCACCUGCUCACGGUGGGAAGCCCGUGGAGUGUAGUGACCGCCGAUCUGAUGGGACCUUUUCAUACAAGCGACAGGAGUCAUGUGUAUGCUAUAAUCGUGACUGAUUUGUUCACAAAAUGGGUUAUGAUUUUGCCUUUAUGUGAUGUUUCAGCGUCAGAAAUUUCUAAAGCUAUUAUCAAUAUAUUUUUCUUAUAUGGACCUCCUCAGAAAAUAGUAAUGGACCAAAGAGAUGAAUUCAUUGAACAGAUAAAUACAGAACUGUAUAGAUUGUUUGGUACAAAACAGAUCAUAAUUUCUCAUGCUUCCGGAAGUGUCAGUCCGCCUGAAAGUACAUCUAGCACAAUCAAAGCCUUUCUCUCCAAACACUGCGCCGACCACCCCAACACCUGGGAUGAGCAUCUGCCAGCGCUUUCCUUUGCCUUCAAUGUGACUCCCUCAGAGCCGACUAAAAACACACCGUAUUUCCAAAUGUUCAACCGCAAUCCUUAUGUGGUGGAGUGUCCUCAUGACUUGGGUGGGGAAAAUACAAGCCUGUUUGCCAGAGUUGUAGCUGCCGUUAGAGAGGCCGAUGCAGUGUUAGAGAACAAGACACCAUCAGCUGGCCAGAUGGAGAACAACAAUUUGGAAGAGCCAAACAAGACCAAGACUGUUAAGAAGAAACCAAAGCAGCUAAAUCCAUUUCAUUUAAAAGUGGGUCAUGAAGUUUUAAGACAAAGAAAAAACUGGUGGAAAGAUGGCCGUUUCCAGUCUGAAUGGGUUGGGCCUUGCGUCAUAGACUACAUAACAGAAAGCGGAUGUGCUGUCCUGAGAGAUCAUACUGGGGCCAGACUGAAAAGACCUAUCAAAAUGUCUCACCUCAGGCCUUAUGUGAGAGAGUCCACCGAGCAAGACAGUCUUUAUCUCUUGCAAGGUUCGGUAGUAGCAGAUCACGACUACAUUGGAUUUCCUGAAAUCCCAGUUGGAGCAUACCAGGCGAAUAUUCUGGUGGAAGAUGCAACUAUUGGUGUAGCUGAUGAUGAAUUAUUGGCAACAGGCAAGGAUCAUGAACUCUUGGAAUAUAGAAAUUCCAAAAUCUCCGUCUUGGUAGAGGAUCAGAGUUCUCUUGAGAAACAGACUUUCAGUCUCCUGGAUUCUUCAAAUCAAGUCCUUGAAUAUUUAAGUUAGUAAAUACCAAAAAUUAAUUUCAAAUGCCUGCUUAGAAUGUAUAUAUACCUAGAUUGUAAGCACUUUAUUAAAAUAUGUUGUCGAGAAGAAAUAUCUUAGCACAAUAUUAUUAAUUAAAUUCUGAAGGCUUAUUUUAAACCUAUGUCAAGUUGUGACACAUUUGAAAACAAACUAAUAUACAUAACAGAAGUAUACAAUGCAGAGAAUUCAGGUAUCUCUCAGAGAAUAGACAAUAUCCAGUUGCUUUUUUGGAAAUGAAUUCAGGUAGAAAAUUCUCAAACCUCCUAAUAUUGGUACUCCAUUUUCUGUUCUAAAUUUUUUCAGUAUUAUUUCACCUUGAAAUAAAUUUAAACUAUUUAUGAUUUAGUUAAUAAAUGUUGAGUGAACAAUAACAUGAAACUUUUUUCCGUGACAUUGGAACUUUUUAAAUUUGUAUUUGUGUAUUUACCUGUGUGUGGUGUGUGUGUGUGUGUGUGUGUGUGUGUGUGUGUGUGUGUGUGUGUGUGUUUUGGACUGUGAAUUUGUGGAUGUAAGUACAGUGCCUGUAAAGGCUAGAAGAAGGUGAUGGAUACAGGUCUGAUAUUACAGAUGGUUGUGAGCCAACCACUGUGAGAACUGGAACCACACUUGGGUCUGCUGCAUCAGCAGGAUAUACUGUAGCUAAAAGGCAAGUGACUAUCAGGGAAAAAUUAAUCCUCUGACCUCAUAAUGCAAACCAAAGAAAUUGCAAAUAGAAUUCUAGAAAGAAACUGGAAAAAAAAAAAAAAAGACGAUGACAAUGCCGAGGUGUGGCUGUAGUAGCCCUCUCCUGCUCUCCUCAGUGGAGCAGAGUUCAUGAAGGAGGUUACUGCAAUGCUGCAUGGUACAGAAAGGGUCAUGUCCUUGCUCUUCCCAAUGAAGUCACUUUCUUCUGUUUCUUUUAGAGAUCAUCUGACUUGAAAUUGGCCUAUUUUACUUGUUCUAUUUAAGGAGGCCAGUUAGCAUUCAGGUUCAUUUCUGAACUGCAGAUUCUGAACAGCUAAAAAUAAAGUUUUCCUUUCCUAAGUAAUUUCUCAUCAGAUUUUUGUUAUUUGUGUAUGAGUCAUAUCAGGCUACUUUAUUCUUUGUGCAAAUUAUCCUCAAAUCUUAGUGGCUUAAAACAAUAAAGUUUCUUUCUUCGCCA